AUGCCCACGUUAUUGGACGAUAUUGAUACCCAUACGGAUCCCUACAAGCAGGACGUUCCCAUCACACCCGGCCUUUUAAGCAUGAGCAGGCUACCAUUACCAUCGCCGUUGCUAACAUCACCAUCAUACUUCCACUUCCUCCAAAUCGUGGCAAGAUUUGCUGGAAUCGGUUUUGGUAGUUCCCCUUUGUCAGCUGGAGAUGCGUUAGUGGACUCAGUCCUGGAUGUUUCUAUUCGAUCUCCUAGCAUCCAGCCCGUGGAUGAAGACAAUGACACAUCUUAUCUAAAGAAGCCGCAUUUCCGACCUCGUCCUUUUCAAAUGUCAAGGCAAGCCGGACCACAGCUUCCAAGUAUUUGA